UAAGUGGGUCCAUAAAAACCUUCAUGGAGGCAUAAAUUCAAUAGCUUUUUCGUGAACGACACGAUCCGGGUCUUCCGUUUCCCUUUCUCUAUUUCACACACUCUCUCAGACUUCUCUCUCUCUAUCUCAUCUCCAUCAUUUCUCCAACGAUACAAAUUUACAAAUGGACGGACAAUACAGCAUGGCUGAUAUCACCCAAUUCAUGAACACCAUCACACCGGCCGAUAAUUAUCCGUCGACUCUAAUCCCGAUAUUAUCCCACCACUACGAUACGCCGCCCAUGCUCACUCAUCAACAUCAUCAUCACGAAGCAGCCGCCGGCGCCGGCGCAAGUUUGGUCGCCGACGCCGGUCCGGCGUCAACCACCACUCAUGGAUACUUUGAGGUGGAACCUAAUACGGGAAGAUGGCCACGUCAAGAGACUCUAUGCUUACUUGAGAUUAGAUCCAAACUUGAUUCCAAAUUUAAAGAAGCUAAUCAGAAAGGACCUGUUUGGGAUGAACUUUCUAGAAUCAUGGCUGAAGAACAUGGGUAUCAAAGGAGUGGGAAGAAAUGCAGAGAAAAGUUUGAGAAUCUAUACAAAUAUUACAAAAAAACCAAAGAUGGGAAAGCUGGUAGACAAGAUGGAAAACAUUAUAGAUUCUUCAAACAGCUUGAAUCUAUCUAUGGUACAGAACAACUCACAAACCCUAAUUCUGAAUCUCAUUUCCUUGGAGAUAUGAGUUCUUUUAGAUUCCAACAACAAAAGACAAAGCAACUAAUAUCUGACCGUUCGAACUCUUCUGAAUUAGACACCUCAAGUACUUCUAAUGAUCAAGUUCUAAUUCAGAUUAAAGAAUUCAUGGAUUCUCAGAUGAGAAAACUAAUGGAGAAGCAAGAUGAAUGGUUAGAGAAAAUGAUGAAAACUAUGGAUAGAAAAGAUGAAGAAAGGGUUUUGAAAGAAGAAGAAUGGAGGAAACAAGAUGCAGAUAGGGUUGAGAGAGAGUACUUGUUUUGGGCAAAGGAAAAAGCUUGGAUUGAAGCUAGGGAUGCAUCUUUAAUGGAGGCUUUGAAGAAAUUGACUGGAAAUGAACAGUUGAAUGUAAGAAGCGGUUAUGAAAUGAAUGGACCAAAUAUUGAACAUGAUCAAUUUGCUGCUUCUUGUGUAAGUAAUGGGAUUCAAGAUAGUUGCUUUAGGUUCUUGAUGAUGGGUGAUGGUGAAAAUUUGUGGGGAAGUUAUGGUUUGAAUCUCAACAAAGAAGAAAAUCAUUAA